AACUUAAAAUAAUACCGGAUGUGACGUCAUGACGCACGUUGCUUGACUUCUCUCUCGCUGCUCUGACCAAUCUUCACGGACGGGGGGCGGAGCUCUGGCAAACCACAACUAUUUUUCCUGCUAAGUUUGCGUGCAGUCCGUGGCGCAUCGGAGUCGUCGGUCUGUUUCCCCACAUUUCUGCGUCCCGGAAUACAAAAAGUGAUGCUUCAUGGUGACGGGCUGCUCACAGAGGCAGAGGACAACGGGCGGUGACCCCCAUUUCCCCCUCUUCCCUGGAUUAUUCACCCGGCGGACUCCGUGCCGCUGCUUACUGGAUACACGAGCACGUCUGCGCAGUAACUCGCUGUAAAUGGAGCGCCAGCCCAGUUUAAUUUCCAUUUGGCUUCAACUGGAACUCUGCGCCAUGGCGGUUCUCCUCACUAAAGGAGAAAUAAGGUGUUACUGCGAUGCACCGCACUGCGUGGCGACCGGGUACAUGUGCAAGUCAGAGCUCAACACCUGCUUCACCAAGGUCCUGGACCCGCUCAGCGGAAACUCCCCACUCACCCAUGGAUGCUUAGACCCCAUCACCAACGUGGCCGACAUCUGCAGCAGCGGCAGCUCCGGGGCUGGAGACAUCCUUGGCGGGGCCUCAGCGCUGGAGUGUUGCCUCGAUGACAUGUGCAACUAUAGAGGCUUGCACGACCUGGCGCACACCAGAGACUCGACAGAUCACAACGGGCAACAGCCAGACAGCAGCAACCGGAACCUGGUGACCCGGGUCCAGGAGCUGGCCUCAGCCAAGGAGGUGUGGUUCCGGGCAGCGGUCAUCGCCGUCCCCAUUGCCGGUGGCCUCAUCCUGGUACUGCUAAUCAUGCUGGCGCUGCGGAUGCUGCGCAGCGAGAACAAGCGGCUGCAGGACCAGCGGCAGCAGAUGCUGUCGCGCCUCCACUACAGCUUCCACGGACACCACACCAAGAAGGGCCACGUGGCCAAGCUGGACCUUGAGUGCAUGGUGCCUGUAACGGGCCACGAGAACUGCUGCCUGACCUGCGACAAGAUGAGACAGGCUGACUUGGGCAACGACAAGAUCCUGUCUCUGGUGCACUGGGGGAUGUACAGCGGUCACGGCAAGCUGGAGUUCGUAUGACUCUCGCCGUAGCUUCCUCUUGUCGUCGGCCUUUGCUCUCAUUCCCAUGGUUUUUGGGUAGUUUUUCAAGCAGUGAGGACAAAAAAACUGAUCUAGCGCAGUGUUUUUUUUUUUUGUAUUUCUUUUGCUAGAGGAGCACUUUACUUGAAAAAAAUGAAAGGCAAAGCAAUGAGGAGUUUUAUAUAAAAGUAGAGAAGGGCAGAACUGAGGGCUCCGUCACUGCUCCUAAGGAUCCUGGACUUUGACACCGAGCGCUAAAGGAUUCCAAAUCUGUCUUAUUUGCACAUUUGUAAAGAAAAACAAAACUGACCGGUGUGCGUCUUAUUCUGGGUGAAUGUCCAACAUCUCUCUCUCUGAUCAGACUAUAAGCUUGAUUAUGAGCGUGAAAGAAAACUUCCAUUAAAAUGACUUUUUAUUUA